AUGGCUUGCCACGAAGACACACCCACCCCCGACAACGGUUUCUAUGUCCUCGUCACGGGUGCGAAUAGUGGCCUUGGGCUCGGUAUCGGAACCCGCUUGAUUGACGAAUUCCUGCAAACCCGCCCCCAAGACGAAUCCCUCGUUCUCAUCAUCACAACACGCGACCAGCGCAAAGGCGACGCGGCCAUUGAGAAGCUACAGCAGCACCUCGGCAAGGUCAUUCGCAGCCAUGAACAAAGACUCCCGGGCAUUGCACAGGUGCUGCAGAAUCGUGUCUUGUUCCGCCAGGAGCGACUAGAUCUUCUGAGCCUGGUCUCGGUACAGAAGCUUAGCAAGAAGCUCCGGGAAACGACGCCAAAGCUCGAUGCAGUCAUUUGCAACGCUGGCAUAGGCGGAUGGACUGGCAUCAAUUGGCCAGGCGCCGUGUGGUCAAUUCUCACCAAGUGGUCACAGGCCAUCACCUACCCUACAUACAAAAUCUCUGGUGUUGGAUGGCUUGCAAAGGCUCAGAUACCUGCGGACAAGAAGACGGAAGAAGAGCCUCCGCUAGGCGAGGUCUUCUGUGCUAAUGUCUUUGGGCAUUAUCUGCUAGGGCACUACCUCGCACCUUUGCUAGCAAGACAUCCUAAGAGCGAGCAGACACGGGGCAGGAUGAUCUGGGUCAGUAGCCUGGAAGCGUACGAGCACGUAUUUGACAUUCAAGACAUUCAAGGCAUCACGUCGGAUCUGCCAUAUGAGGGCACCAAGAGGCUGACGGAUGUUCUGGCCAUCACGUCUACGCUACCAUCAACGACCGAAGCUUUGGACCAGUACCUCGACCACGCCCAAGACUCGGACAAGACUACAAAACCGCGACUCUACGUUGCUCACCCAGGCAUAUGCGCUACCGCCAUCGUACCUCUCCCUCUCAUCCUUCAAUGGUGCAUGGUCGCCGCAUUCUACAUUGGGCGAUUCCUUGGCAGCGAGUGGCAUACAAUAUGGGCUGACAAGGGUGCAACUGCCAUGGUUUGGCUGGCACUUGCAAGUCAAAGCACACUGGACAACAUGGAGGCAAAAGAAGGUGUGGGCAAGUGGGGAAGCGCGGCGGAUUUCUGGGGCCAAGAGCGUGUGGACCGCACAGAGGUGGCGGGAUGGGGUUGGGGAGGCAAGAUGGGGGAGUACAAGAGGAAGGGAAGGGAUCCAUACGCGAAGGAUUUGACCAAGGAGAGCCAAGAGCGCUUUAUGGAGACGGGGAGGAAGUGUUGGGAGAAGAUGGAGAAGUUGCGCAUGGAAUGGGAGGAUCGGCUGCGACAGGCUGGACUCGCUGUUGAGAUGUAG